CAAAUUGAGCUAACCAACUCGAUAUUUCAACGUGGCUGUGCUAAAGUUUGGCCAGUUUUUGCAAGUUUUAAAACAAAUCUCACCAAUUUUACAACAAAUCGGGCCUCAACGGUACUUCGGCCGUGUCUAGCAAUGCUUUCUCGGGUAUUUCAGAGUAGUUUUCGACGACUACGCCAUGUUUCUUUGUCACGUUUAUCGAUCUCCAGAGGUUUGGAGGUGAAGAAUCUAGCAAAAUUAAUGAGUACAACUCAAGCAGGAAAGAAUGUCAACGUUGAAGUGAAGGAUGGAGUAGCUAUAGUGAGAAUUGAUCAGCCGGACUCCAAGGUUAAUGUACUUUCAGAAAGUCUGAUGUCAGAAUUUGAACAGAUAUUUAACCGUGUCUUUGAAGACCCAAGCAUCAGAAGUGCUGUGCUAAUCUCAUCAAAACCAGGCUGUUUCAUCGCUGGUGCUGAUGUAAAUAUGCUGAAUGCCGCUGGCACAGCUGAAAAGCUUGCAGAAGUAUCUUCUCUUGGUCAAGCAAUGAUUCAAAAACUAGAGGACUGUCCAAAACCUAUUGUAGCGGCCAUCAUGGGCUCUUGUCUCGGCGGUGGUCUCGAGGUUGCACUUGGUUGUCACUACAGAGUUGCCGUAAAGGAUCCCAAAACCAUUCUCGGUUCACCUGAAGUCAUGUUAGGCAUAUUGCCUGGUGCUGGAGGAACUCAGAGAUUACCAAAACUGGUUGGUUUGCCCGACUCCUUAGACAUGAUGUUAACGGGAAAGAACAUUCGUGCUGACAAAGCCAAACGAAUGGGGCUUGUUGAUAUGCUUGUUAAUCCAUUAGGUCCAGGUCUUGCUGAACCAGCACCAAAUACUCUAAGAUAUCUUGAAGAUGUUUCUAUUCAAGUGGCAAAAGAUUUAGCAAGUAAAAAACUCAAGGUUGAUAGAUCAAAAAGUUGGACGUCCAUGUCAGGUCUGAUGUAUAAAGUUACAACAGAAACAGGAUUUGGGAGGAAUUAUGUUUUUAAGAAAGCGAGGGAAACAGUCAUGAAAAAGUCACUGGGGCUAUAUCCAGCUCCACUGAAGAUACUUGAUGUCGCUAAAGUUGGAGUGGAAAAAGGUGGCGCUGAGGGAUAUCUUGCUGAAGCUCAAGGUUUUGGUGAACUCGGCGGUUCUAACGAGGCCAAAGCCUUGAUGUCGUUAUUUUUCGGACAGACGGAGUGCAAAAAGAACAGAUUUGGCAAGCCAAAACAGGAUACCAAGACCGUGGCUGUUCUUGGAGCUGGUCUUAUGGGAGCCGGCAUUGGUCAUGUCAGCUUACAGAAAGGAUACAACGUCAUAUUGAAAGAUAAUUUUGAACAAGGUUUAAUAAGGGGACAAGACCAAAUUUACAAAGGACUAAAUACAAAAGUUAAAAGAAAAGCUAUGACAAGUGCUGAAAGGGACCGAAUGUUAUCUGAUCUACAAGCACAACUGGACUAUAAGGGUUUUGAUAAAACCGACAUUGUUAUCGAGGCUGUGUUUGAAGAUCUCAAUAUUAAACAUAAAGUUAUCAAAGAGAUUGAAGAGGUCAUCCCAGAGACGUGCGUCUUCGCUUCCAAUACGUCAGCUUUGCCGAUACACAAGAUCGCCGAGGCCAGCAAACGACCGGACAAGGUUGUUGGAAUGCAUUACUUCUCACCAGUGGAUAAAAUGCCUUUGUUAGAAAUUAUCACGACAGACAAGACUUCCCAAGAGACGGCAGCAAUUGCAGUAGACGUUGGUUUAAAACAAGGAAAGACAGUCAUAGUUGUCAAGGAUGGUCCGGGAUUUUAUACGACAAGAAUUUUAGCACCAACUAUGGCCGAAGUGAUAGCAUUGUUACAGGAGGGAAUAACGCCCGCGGAACUUGAUAAGUUGACGAAAAGUUUUGGAUUCCCUGUUGGCUCAGCCACGCUUGCAGAUGAGGUUGGCAUAGAUGUGGCCACACAUGUUGCCGAAGAUCUGGGAAAUGCGUUUGGCGAAAGGUUUGGAGGAGGCGAUGUCGGAGUCCUCAAGACCAUGGUAGAUGAAGGCUUCCUUGGUCGAAAAUCUGGGAAAGGAUUUUAUAUCUACCCCGAUGGCAAAGGAAAGAAAACAAUCAACAGCGGGGCUAUGGAUAUUGUUAAGAAAUACUCUGUACCAAAACGAGGCAGUCACACUCCCGAAGAUGUCCAAAUGCGUUUGGCUGCCCGGUUUACCAACGAAGCGUUGUUGACGUUACAAGAAGGCAUUCUAAAUAGUCCGGUCGACGGUGAUAUUGGUGCUGUUUUCGGCUUAGGAUUCCCGCCAUUCCUCGGAGGGCCAUUCCGAUUCGUGGAUACAUAUGGCGCCGAGAAUCUCGUGAACAAGAUGCGACAAUUGCAGUCCGAAGUUGGGUCGGCUCAAUUCGAACCGUGCCAACUGCUCCUCGACUACGCCAAAGAUUCAUCCAAGAAAUUCCACAAAAGAUAAGAAACUAAAUUACUUUUAGUAGAUUUUUAUUUUUGAAGGACAAGAAAACGAUUUUCUUGCUGUUGUUUACACGAGAACCGCAGGUUUUGCGAACAUCGACGAAAUCUUGCAGGAAGAUCGCAUGUAAAAAAUUUGGACCACAUUUUGGAAGCGCAUUUCUGCACAAUAAAUUCUAAGAAACUUU